AAACCACCCUUCCUUAGCUUCCUCAUGCUGGGAAUACCAACUCAACAUAGGAACCGACUCCAUGAAUAUUCUGUACCUAGUGUGUAAAAGAAAGCUGGAGAGUAAAAAGGAAGCCCUGCUGAUCCUCUCCAAGGAGCUGGACACAUGCCAGCAAGAAAGGGACCAGUACAAACUCAUGGCCAAUCAGCUUCGAGAGCGCCACCAGUCCCUGAAGAAGAAGUACCGGGAGCUGAUAGAUGGAGAUCCGUCACUUCCCCCUGAAAAGAGGAAACAGGCUAAUCUUGCACAACUACUGAGAGAUUCUCAGGACCGAAAUAAACAUCUGGGAGAAGAAAUUAAAGAACUUCAGCAAAGGCUUGCAGAAGUCCAGGGCGACAAUAAGCUCUUGAGGAUGACAAUUGCCAAGCAGAGGCUCGGAGACGAAGAAAUUGGCGUGCGGCACUUUGCAGCUCAUGAGCGUGAAGACUUGGUUCAGCAGCUGGAGAGAGCUAAGGAACAGAUUGAGUCUCUGGAGCAUGACCUGCAGGCCUCUGUGGAUGAGCUUCAGGACGUUAAAGAAGAACGGUCUUCCUACCAGGACAAAGUGGAGAGGCUCAACCAGGAGCUAAACCAUAUCCUGGGUGGACACGAGAACCGCAUCAUUGACGUGGACGCCCUCUGUAUGGAGAACAGGUACCUUCAAGAGCGAUUAAAGCAACUCCACGAAGAGGUCAACCUCUUGAAAUCAAACAUCGCCAAGUACAAGAAUGCUCUCGAGAGACGGAAAAACUCGAAAGGCCAGAGUAAAUCUAGCAGCAGUGCACUGACUGGAGUCCUGUCUGCAAAGCAAGUUCAGGAUCUGUUAUCUGAAGAUCACGGAUGCAGUCUCCCAGCUACUCCACAGUCCAUUUCUGAUCUGAAAUCUCUGGCAACGGCCCUGCUGGAGACAAUCCACGAGAAAAACAUGGUCAUCCAGCAUCAGAGGCAGACCAACAAAAUCCUAGGGAAUCGGGUGGCUGAACUGGAGAAAAAAUUAAGAACUCUGGAAGUUUCUGGUUUGUGGAGUCUUCCAGGGGGCAAGGACACCAUACUGUUCAGUGACCCUGCUCUUCCCACCAUACAGAGAUCAAGAUCCCCACUGCUGAAGUUCAUCGAGCAGCCCACUGAGAACAAAGCAAAUUCCGAGGACGGGGAGGUCCAGAAGCCAGAACGAGGUGGAAGCCGGGCGGCCCCCGAGGCGUUGACAGCCCCGGAGGAUGCUGGAGGGCCCGCCGUCCUCUCCGCGGCAAGUCGGAACCACGGCAACCAGUGCAAACCCUCACCGCGGGUAGCGUCUGAGGAGGAGGGAAUGGACGGGCUUGCAGGGGAGAGGAUGAGACUGAUGGAGGCCCAACCAGAACGGGUCCGAAGGGCGAGUCCUGGGGAGGCUCGGAGGCACGAGAUGGGGACAGCUCCGCCGGGCCUGGCCUCCAAGGGGGAGGCCCCCAAACCUUGCCGGGGCUCCUCUGAGUCCAGCCAGUCGGCAGCCGCAGCCUCCACCCCGGAGGACGGCAAGGAGACCCCAGAGGGUGGCGGCACGGGGAGCGCCGUGAAAACCUGA